ACCCGCUCACUUUUCAUUCGGAACUCCUCGCAUAUUUCGCGAAUAGUUGCGAGAAUCUCCGAUUGGAAAUUAAGACACUGUUACGGAAAUAGACGAAAUAUUUCGAUUGGUGACGGUGUGUUGUGUGAAUUUAGACGAGGCAGCAGUCGACACGGCGAGUGUGAAACAUGUCGACCGACAUCCCUCACUUCGACAUCAACAUCAAACUAGAGACACCGGAGGACGACGCAGUGAAACUCGUCUGCAAACUGAAGUCGACAUGGCCAGCGAAAGACAUCAAGAUCAAGUACUUCACGGCAGGCAUCUCUAACUUCCUGAUGGGCUGCUACCUCCCGGAGAAGCCAGACGACAUUGUUCUAAUUCGGAUUUACGGCGAAAGUUCGGAACUCUUCACCGACCGCAGCGCUGAGAGACAAGCUUUCAAUAUUCUCCACCAAGCAGGGCUCUCUGCCCCCAUGUACUGUACGUUCGAUAAUGGCAUGGCAUACGGCUAUCUCAAGGGGAAACCACUCACACAGAAAAUGGCCAUCCAUGAUGAAAAUAUUAGGAAAUUGAUAGCUCAAGAAAUGGCCAAACUCCAUUCACUCAAUGGACCUGAGGGAGAUGGGAAGAAAGUCUUGUUUUUCUUUAAGAAGAUGGAUAUUUUCUUCAGCCUCUGUCCAGACAGCUUUCCAGAUCCUGAGAAACAGAAAAUAUUUCAGACAAAAUUGGGUUCAAAGAAAGCUGUGCAGGAAGAGUAUGAUGUCCUGCGGUCCCGCCUCGAGAAAAUGGACUGUCCCGUGGUCUACUCUCACAACGACUUGUUGCUACAGAACAUCGUCUACGACGAAGCCGCUGAUAAAAUUGGUUUCAUUGAUUAUGAAUACUGUUUUUACAAUUUUCAAGCUUUUGACAUUGGCAAUCACUUCAACGAAUAUGCAGGUAUUGACGAGAUUGAUUAUAACUUGUACCCUAACGACGAGUACCAGUUGUCAUGGAUACGAACCUACCUGGAAUGUUACAAGAAAUUAACACAGCCAUCUUGCUGUGAGGUGACGGAUGAAGAAGUUCGAAAUUUCCAUCUGAACGUCCAACUGUGUUCCCUGGCAUCACAUUAUUUCUGGGGAACUUGGGCGUUAUUACAGGCCAAAUAUUCCAAAAUCGACUUCGACUAUCUUGGAUAUGCAGUAAUUCGGUUUGAAGAAUAUUUCCGGAGAAAAGAAGAGUUUAAAUUGAUGCUCGAAGAUAUGGGACGACUUUAAUCUUGGACAUCUAAUAAUGCAGACAGUUGUCUGUUUUUAAAGGUCAGAGUGUAUAAAGUAGUUAAAAAUAAUAUUUUAAGAAAUUAAAAUAGUCAUCCUAUCAUUUUAUCAUUAACAGACAAUUAAUGAUUAAAAUAGUCAUCCUAUCAUUUUAUCAUUAACAGACAAUUAAAAUAGUCAUCCUAUCAUUUUAUCAUUAACAGACAAUUAAUGAUUAAAGUUUGUUUUCCUUAAUCAAUCGCCAACUAAUGGAUAUCAUACAGUAUUUUUUAUAUCAACUUUCCCAUAGGCAGGACAGCACAUACCAUGGCCUUUGAUAUACCAGUCAGAAAUUGGGUCCCUGUUGGUGGACCCACUGGGCUAUUUCUUGUUCCAGCCACUGCACCACGACUGGACUGUCAAGGGCCAUUAUAUGGGCUAUCCUGUCUGUGGGAUGGUGCAUAUAAAAAGAUCCCUUGCUACUAAUAUUUGACAUCCAGCCGAUGAUUAAUACAUCCAUGUGCUCUAGUAGUGUCGUUAAACAACACAAACAUAAUCUGUUUAUACAGCACAUAAGCACAAACAAUUCCGAUGUCCACAAGUUAUUUAUACAAAGAUUAUGCAUGGGAUUACUUAAUUUCUAGUUAUUUGUUACAAAUAAAUGUAAAAAUAGCAAAAUAUUGUACUUGUGACUAUUUAUUAGUGCCUUUAACUGUCAAUACUCACUCAAAUUUCGAUCUUUCAGCAUAAUGAGUUAUUUACCAAGGAUAUUUUACAUUUGAAAGCUGUACUUUUUUUUCUUCAAAAGUUUAUUUCCAUGAAAUGCCACAUUUACAUCCGUGUUAUAUACCCACGUGGUUUGGGUAUACUACACACACACAUACAUAAUAAAUAUUAGACAUUUUAUUAGAAGAAAUAACAUUGCAAAAUAAUAAUAAUAAAAAAUAUUAUGUAAUAGGGAUUGGCAGUGUCAUGCAGGACAGUUAUAUUAGUAAGAAAAUUAAGGAAAUGUUUUAUCUCCAGCUGAAAGGAUGUUUCCCUUAGCAUAAAAAUAAACUUAGUGGAAUUGAUGGAUGUAUUAUUAUUAUUAUUUAAAGUAUUAAUUUUAAAGAGGUAAAACGCCCCAUUUUUCUGUGAAGCGGUCUUCAUUGUACCCUAAAAUAAAUUUUUCUAUUGUUCUAUAAUAUUUUAUAAAACUAAGAGCUUCCAUAAAUUUGUGUAGUUUUUCUUUAUGUUUACAACUAUAUGUGUAGCUUUUCAGUAUGAUAAUCAGAUGACUUAUUAAAAUGCUUUGACUAGUUGAAAGCUGUACUUAGUCAUUUCAGUACAUUCCAAGUUAGUAAGGUUGUGAUGAAAUGUUUUACUCCUUGUACAUUACUUUAUCUUUUUUAUAUAUAUAUAUAUAUUUUUUUUUUUUUUCAAUUCUCGGAGGCCUGUAUUAGACAAAGAUAAACAAACACACAGACCCAAUGCCGCAUCAUUUGGAAGUGGCAGAAAGUGAUGAACUAGUUAGGCUUAAUUAAUUUGUUUAGUGUUGUUAAAAUUGAUACAUGGCAUUUUGGUAUGUAGUAGAAUACAGUGGGUUUGAUUAUUGCAUCAGUGUGAUGAUAAAAAAGGUAUGCAUUUAACACAGUAUUUAACACAUAGGGUUUGCUUUCUUAUUUACUGCACAAGCCAACAUACAACUUCAUCAUUAUGUCAUCUCAGUGUGUUUGCAGACAACAAACGUGUAAUAUUUAUAGGAUAUUAAACAAGCUUCCAUUUUAUAUAAUGUAUAUGUCCCAAGUGAAGCAAGUUUCAGCUGUCACAAACUUUAGUGAGUGACAUUGAUAAUUGUUUCACGAGGGACAUAAACAUGAUACGAAAUGGUAGCAAGUUUAAUAUCCUAUUUAUUACGUACCCGUAAUUCAUUUCAGUUUAUUUAUAUCACUCAACUUGUUUGGUAUGAACCAAGAUAUUUUUUUAACAAUAUGGAUAAUAAAUAAGAAAUGAAAACCAUGUAUAAAAUUGUGUAUACUUACAAUUUAUAGGGCUAUUUCUCGUUCCAGCCAGUGCUCCACAACUGGUGUAACAAAGACCGUGAUAUGUACUAUCCUGUCUGUGGGAUGGUGCAUAUAAUAGAUCCUUUGCUGCUAAUCGAAAAGAGCAGCC